UGUUCGGGUCACGGCUUGGGAAGACCGACGAACCUUCUCCCCUCUCUCUCCAUAAGCGGCGCUUUCUUAGGAGGAGGUACCGAUUCCCCCUCUCCGGUCGCCCCCGCCGCUGCCGGCCAGCCGGUCACGGGCCGGAAGAUGGCGUCGGUGGAGCAGCUCGUGUUGGACCUCUGCGAUCCAGAGCUCAGAGAGCACGCCCUCUUCGAUCUGUCCAAGAAAAGGGACAUUUUUCAACAUUUGGCUCCAUUGUUGUGGUAUUCUUAUGGCACUAUCACAAUUCUCCUUCAGGAGAUAGUUUCAAUUUAUCCUGCUCUUUCACCUCCAACACUGUCACCAGAUGUAUCAAAUCGAGUUUGCAAUGCUCUUGCUCUUCUUCAGUGUGUUGCAUCGCACCCGGAUACACAAAUUCUUUUCUUAAAUGCACAUAUACCUCUAUAUCUGUACCCGAUUUUAAAUACCACAAGCAAAACAAGACCAUUUGAGCACUUGCGGCUUGCCAGCUUGGGAGUGAUUGGGGCUCUAGUUAAGGUCGAUGAUCCUGAGGCCAUCAGUUUUCUUCUCCAAACUGAAAUAAUUCCGCUAUGUUUACGCACCAUGGAGCUGGGCGGUGAACUUUCAAAAACAGUGGCUACAUUUAUUGUUCAGAAGAUCUUGUUUGAUAAUCUGGGGCUUCAACAUGUCUGUGCCACCUUUGAGCGGUUCUUUGCUGUUGAUGUGAUCCUAGCUAAUAUGGUCGUAUCACUUGUGGAGCAACCUUCUACAAGGUUGUUGAAGCAUAUAAUCAGAUGUUACCUCAGGCUGUCAGAAAAUGGAAGGGCAUGUAAAGCUCUCACCAGGGGUCUCCCAGUGAUGUUGAAAGAUGGGACCUUCAACAGGUGUCUUCGCGAUGACCCAGCAACCUACCGAUGGCUUCAACAACUGCUGCACAAUGUGGCUGGAGCAAACCUGGUGUCAUCUCUUCGGGCAGGAGGGCUAGAUCACAUGAUGGGAAACUAGCAUGGACCUCUCUCCGUCCCCAUUCGGGAUUGUCGUAGUGGUGUAAGAUCUUUCUUUCUAUAACCAUACCUAAUUUAUUUCGAUCGGCUUGCUUAUCAUUGUCUUGGAAAAUUUAUCGAUGAUGAGCAUGCCCAACAGUGUAAAAUUCACAUGAGUGGAAGUCGGAGCCCUUUAUGAGCUACCGCAUGAUUUUAAUGGAGAAGCAUCAGAUUAAUGUUUGGUCUGUACUAAGAUACAAAUGUGUUGAAGGCAAUCCAUCUCAUCUUUUGAGCUUGUCAA